CCUUUCUCAAACUUUGGGUGAGCCAACAAUUGUCUUCUUAAGCUUUCAGUUGAACGUUCAAUGUCUGAAACUGCCUAAAUCCUUCAAUCUUGGAGCAUAGUUUAGCUAGUGAAAAGCCUGGUGGAGUUCUUGUUCCUUCAUUCUUAACAAUGGAUGCCCUCAUUUCUGCAGCGUUUAGUGAUAUUGUGAGCAGAGCCAUAUCCGUGGUGGUCAAGAAGUGUCGCGAGCAGACGACCGCUAAUGAGGAGACAACCAUCGAGGAUAACCUGCAGAGGCUACACCAACUGCUUCUGAGGAUAUCAGCGGUCGUCGAGGAGGCUGAGGGGAGGUGCAUCAGAAACCAAGGGAUGAUCUGUCAGGUUAGCAUGAUGAUAAAACAAAUGUUCAGAGGGUACUACCUUCUCGACUCCUUCAAGUGCAAAACCAACAAGACCGAUGAUGAGGAGGUCAGUCUCUCAUCGUUUGCUCAAUCCAAAUUUAAUCCGGCUAAGCGCUUUCGCCGCCUAUCUAGCAACACUCAAAUUGAGAGCAUGGAAAUUGGUAGAGACAACAGUAAGAAGUUAAAACAGGCUGUUCUUGUCCUAGAAAGCAUGGUUGCUGACAUGAAGGAGUUUGCUAUAUUUUUGAUGAGCUACCCUCGCAUGUACCGCCAACCUUACAGCUCCUAUUUAUUUUUAGACAACUGUAUGUUUGGCCGCCAAAUGGAGAGGGAACAAGCCAUCAGCUUCUUGCUACAAGCUGAGCCUCUAGUUGGUGGAAAUUUGGGUGUCCUACCAAUAGUUGGUCCUCGACUUAUUGGGAAAAGCACUUUUGUGGAACAUGUUUGCAAUGAUGAGCGUGUGCGCAAUCACUUCUCCUUGAUCUUGCUCUACAGCAGCAACAACCUUACGGAUGAAACGGCAGCUACUUUUAGAGAUAAUUGCUUGAUCAAGCAUCAAAAUAUUCUCUCCGGUGAAGGAAGGUCAUUGGUUGUCAUUGAGCUGUUAGGGGAUGUGGACGGCGGGGCGUGGAAGAGGUUGUUGCAGACUGCUGAAAGAUGCAUGGCACAUGGGAGCAAAAUCAUAAUCACUAGCCGAUCAGAGAAGAUGGUCAGUGUUGGAACAACAGAAGCCAUCAAGCUAGCAUGUUUGUCUAAAGAAGCUUACUGGUAUUUCUUCAAGAUGCUCCUUUUUCGUAGAGCGGAUCCAGAGGAGCACCCGAAGUUAGCAUCCAUAGCCAUGGAGCUAGCCAUCGAGAUGAGUGGGUCUUUCCUAUCCGCAUAUGUUGUUGCCGCCGUACUGAGAAAAAAUCUCAGUGCUCAGUUCUGGUCAAGUGUUCUCAGACAGGUUAGUAAGUAUAUGCAGAAUAAUACCUUGGUGUUCGGUGAAUAUCCCGAGGAUCAUAUGACCCAGUACGUUUGGAGCAUCCCUGAAAGACUGAGAGGUUCUGAGGAUCGUGAGUUGUUUCUGAUACAUCAUGGUCACCAAAAAGGGCCUGCUGCUCACGGCGAAGUUCCGAGGUUAACAGUGGUGGAUCUUAUGUCUGGGACCUACAGCGCUAUGCCGCGCGGCAAAUUUGAGGUCUUGGGCUGGAGAUCCCCCAUACCGCCGUACUACAGCUACAUAUAUUCAUGUGAGUUUGUGCAGAACAAGAACACCAGGACAUAGAGCGAGAGGUGGUUUUUGGUUUGGUCUGGUUUUAAUGGACCGACGAUCUUGUAUAUUGUAAUUUUCAUUCAGCAAAUGCAUGAUUAUUUACCUUAAUAGCAGUCAAACAAAAAUAUGUGAUUUUUU